CCGGGGAGGAGUGUCAUGGCGAAGACUAACGAAUAAAUUAUGUUAUUGACAGAAAACAACAAAAAAUAACGUAAUGGAUCUCAUAAAGACCCCAAAGGUGGAGAAUGUCAAGUUGUUGGAACGGUUUAGCGCCCGAAACACGGCUGUUGGCACACUGUACCUGACCACCACUCACCUGAUCUUCGUCGAUGGCUCUGGCAAGAAAGAAAUAUGGAUCCUGCACACCCACUUGAUGUCCGUAGACAAGUUGCCGUUGACAACGGGCGGGUCUCCUUUACAAUUGCACUGUCGUAACUUCAUGUGUAUCACGUUCGUGUUGCCCAAGGAGCGUGACUGCCAUGACAUCUACACUUCCCUAGUGGAGCUAUCCAGACCGGAGGACAUUGAGAGCCUGUAUGCAUUCUCGUACACGGAUCAAACCAAUGACUUCCCAAAGAGUUAUGGCUGGGACAUGUUCGAAACACAGUCAGAGUUUCUAAGGCAGGGAGUACCCAACGACCAGUGGGUACUCUGUGAAUUGAACAAUGAGUACCAGAUCUGUGAUACCUACCCACGGUACUUGUACGUUCCUGCAUGCGCCACCACACCCGUCAUCAUUGGAAGCACAAAGUUUCGGUCUCGUGGCAGACUGCCUGCACUCUCCUACUACCACAUCAGAAAUGGGGCGACAAUCUGCCGCUGUAGUCAGCCCCUGGCGGGAUUCAGUGCCCGCUGUGUAGAAGAUGAGCAGAUGUUACACGCCAUUCUGAAGGCUAACCCCAAAAGCACGUACCUGUUUGUAGUGGACACGAGACCCAAGAUCAAUGCAAUGGCGAACCGAGCGCAGGGAAAGGGGUACGAGAACGAGGCGAACUACAGUGACAUUAAGUUCCACUUCAUAGGCAUCGAAAACAUACAUGUGAUGAGAAGCAGUCUACAGAAACUUGUGGAUGUGUGUGAAUUGAAAAAUCCGUCUAUGAGUGCAUUCCUAUCUGGUCUGGAUGCCAGCGGCUGGAUGCGUCAUAUACAGGCUGUCCUAGAAACAUCCGUCUUCAUUGCUAAGGCUGUGUUGGAUGGAGUCAGUGUGCUGGUCCAUUGUUCUGAUGGCUGGGACAGGACGGCUCAGACCUGUUCCCUAGCCUCGCUCAUGCUCGACCCUUACUACAGGACCAUACAGGGAUUCAUGGCGCUUAUUGAGAAAGAGUGGCUGUCAUUUGGUCACAAGUUCACGGAUCGCUGUGGUUUCCUGAGCUCCAUUGACACCAAGGAGACGUCGCCUGUCUUCACCCAGUUCCUCGAGGCCGUAUGGCAAAUGACACAUCAGUUCCCAUGCGCGUUCCAGUUCAAUGAGCGAUUCCUUCUCACUCUCCAUGACCACCUUUUCUCUUGCCAGUUUGGCACGUUCAUUGGCAACUGUGAGAAAGACAGGAUUGAUCUCAAACUUUCCUCGAGGACGUACUCACUGUGGGGUUUCCUUUGCAAGCGUCAGAGUGAGUUCCUGAACCCGCUCUUCAAGAAGGAGUAUGAGGUCAUGCAGCCUGUCCUCAUUCCGAAGACAUACCCACAGUGCAUCAAGUUUUGGCGGGGCAUGUACAACCGGUUUGAAACAGGAAUCCACCCACGGGACGAAGUCAAGGACAUCGUUGGGGCUGCACGGGAUCACAGCACUUCACUUGAGGACCACGUGCGACUGUUGGAAAAGAGAAUAACCCAGAUAUGCCAAGUUCUAGGAAAAUCAGACGACACCAUCCAAAAGACAUUACAAGGGAGUGUUUCUAUGGAAUCAUUGGAUGGAAUAAACUCUGAGGAUGGACCUCAUUUCAAACACAAUAACCACAUAGUAGAAAACCAGUCGAAAAGUGAAAACCACAACCUAAUUCAAAACCAGUCUUUGUCAUGUGAUAAAAAGGACCAAUCAGAUAAGGGCAUUCUGAUAGAUGUAGGAAUAAGCCAAACCAAAAGUGACUCAGAAUCCGGAUUUGACGAAUCAUGUUCGAAUAUGUCAAGAUCAGGUAUUGAUGAAUGUUACUCCACGCUUGAAAAUGGUAGUAUAUCCCAGUCGAUGAGUUUAGAUCGUCUGAAUCUGGACCAGUUACACCUAGAGCUAGACUCCGUUGCUGUUGACUGGAGAUCUUUCCGCAAUAUCUUCACCUGUAGUUGUGCUUUUCCAUUUGACCACUUUACCAAAAAGUUCCACUGCUGGCGUUGCGGUGAGGUGUUCUGUACGCGAUGUAUCGUCCGACAUGUGCCGCUACCGGGGCAUGAUUCCCACCGACCAGUUCCCGUUUGCAAGCCGUGUUAUCGACUGGUGCGCCACUCCCCCUCCAUGGAGUUUCAACCAAUCACAGCCCUUCCUUCAGACACGCCCACCUAAUAAUGGCUAUUAAUAUAUGUACAGAAAUUGUUUAUAAUAUGAAACUAAAAAUGAUACAUAUAUAUAAUAUGCUGAUUUUUUUUUACAGAAAUAAUUUUGAUAGGUGAGAUUUCAUUGAGGUUUUAUUUGUAAACAUGAAGAAAUAAUAAAGUAUACAUAUGUACAUAUGUCAAAACCUUUCAUGCUUUGAUUAAUUUAAAUUGUUAGUUCUCCACUUAUCAAAUGAAAGACAAGUAAAAUACAUUACUGUUACUAUAGCAAUGUAACAUUAGAUGUUUACUUGAACUGAGCAUGUAGAUUAUUGUUUGUACUAGGAAAGACUGUUUUGAUUUGAUGAGAGAAUCAAUUAAUAAACUAGAAGUAGAAGCUAUAUACAAGAACAUGCAAGUUCAAACUGACAUGAACAUCAUUGACUAUAAUAUGUAAAUUGUGUGAUAUAAUAUGUAUUAUAUGUAGUACAAUUGACAAUUUCCAGACAAAAAAUGCUACAUUCAUUGGUUAAUUUUGCUUGUAGUGUUUUCCUAAUUUUGAAUUUUUAUAUAUCAUAGUUGAAAUGUUUGGCACAUAUGGUGGUAAUGUUUGAGGCUGAUUGUUCACAACUGUGUCAAUGUUAACGAUGUUGUUAACCUCAUCAUUGUUAACUUUGAAAGGUAUUGUUGAUUUAUUUACGGAAUUAAGAUAAUCAUAGCUGAAACAGUUUCUCAGUAUUUGUAAGAAGUAUGGCAUAUCACAAGUGUGUCCAUUCUCUAGAGUAGGAACAGUUUGAAAGUUAACAAUGGAGCAUUAAACAAGGUCGUUAACUUUAACAAAGUUCUGAACAAUCAGCCCUUACAUUGAUAAAUGUAAUGCAUCAGGCAUAACUGGCAUAUUGGAUCAUUUAACUAUGAGAAUUGCCAUUAUUACAAAACUAGGCCAUAAGCUUUUGUGGUUGCUUUAUUUUCAAGGAAAAAAGUCAACAUAUUCUCAUAGCCUUGGUGUUGUCAGUGUUGUCAUCAUCACCAUCAACAUCAUAAUCAUCAUCCUAAUUGUCGUCAUCAUCAUUGUCGUCGUCAUCAUCAAGCAAAACGUGAAAUGUUGGACAUAGUUUCAAAACUAUUUGAAGAUAUUAACAUGGAACUUGAUACACAUAUUCCACAUGACAUUACACACAUUAUCCAGACUAUAGUGGUUGGGUAAUGCCACAGGAGAAUAAUGGACAAUCGUUGGCAUCUGCUUACAGUGCUCGUAUUUCUAUUGUGGUUGUGAUAUUUUACUGGUACAAAUAUUUACAAAGCUCUGUUUUUUUGUGUUAUUUCAUAUUUAUUGCUUUUUUAAAGACAUUACAAGUAUAGACCAGUCGAAACUGGCACAUAUUUAGUCAUAAAAAGAAAUAUUAUAUAUAAUACUAAAAAUGAGACAUGACAUUAAACGCAUAAACUGUUAUAUCAGUUAAUUGAGUGUGAGAAAUAUGCUUUUGAAUUAUUAUACUUUAUUUAGUACUAAGAUGCAAGAGUAAUGUUAUAAUUGUUUUUAAAAUGCACAUGCAUGCCAGAUUAAAUUAUUUACUUUUGCUAUGUUGAAAAACGUUGAAUAAGGAUUUCAGUCAAGAUUGUACAUUGACUUGCUUAAUUGCAAAGAUAUGGGCUCGUGCAAUAUGGAUCACUAUAUCUCUGUUGUUGUCCUGUGUGCUGUUUUAAGGGAUUUUGUAGUAGCAGUAAAGGAGAUUUAAGAUGCAGUCUAACUCUUUUAUACCUGCUGUAUAAAUUUAAUGUUGACAUUUAAGAUUGCGUAAUUAACAAAAUUCUGUUUCAAACUACGUUUUGUGGCCAUGUUAACAUCAAAUAUGUCUGAUUUCUUAAUUCUAGUUAACAUUUUAAAAUGGGCAUGUUCGUGAGCAAAUGUGGUAACUAUUUGUGGUAUUUUGUCUUCCUAUUGUACAUUAAUUACUGGAUUCAUUGUCAUAAUUGUAUUUCAUCUGUGUGAUUUGAAUUCCUAUUCACUUGAAUAUUACCUUAGUAACUGCUUGAUCACUGACUAAUACCACUGUUUCUAAAGAAUCCUAUACCAGCUCUGUGCUCAGUCAAGGUAUCUGUGGCUAAAGUUUGUGAUUUGUUUCCUGACUUGCAGUGUAUGCACUGCGUUGCAACAAUAGUUAAUGAGAGCAACUGCAGCAUAAGCAGUUGUGUGCGACUGCAACAUGAGUCAUUGCGAGCGACUGCUUGAUUAUAGUAUGUGAGUGACUGCGUGAUUAGCUUAUGUGAGUGACUGUACCGCUUGCUUAUGUGAGCAACUGCAAUAUAAGCUUAUGUGAGCAACUGCACUGUUCGUUAAUGUGAGCAACUGCAACAUAAGCUUAUGUAAGCAACUGCACUGUUCGUUUAUGUGAGCAACUGCAACAUAAACUUAUGUGAGCAACUGCACUGUUCGUUUAUGUGAGCAACUGGAAUAUAAGCUUAUGUGAGCAACUACACUGUUCGUUAAUGUGAGCAACUGCAACAUAAACUUAUGUGAGCAACUGCACUGUUCGUUUAUGUGAGCAACUGCAAUAUAAGCUUAUGUGAGCAACUGCACUGUUCGUUUAUGUGAGCAACUGCAACAUAAACUUAUGUGAGCAACUGCACUGUUCGUUUAUGUGAGCAACUGCAACACAAGCUUAUGUGAGCAACUGCACUGUUCGUUAAUGUGAGCAACUGCAAUAUAAGCUUAUGUAAGCAACUGCACUGUUUGUUAAUGUGAGCAACUGCAACAUAAGCUUAUGUAAGCAACUGCACUGUUCGUUUAUGUGAGCAACUGCAACAUAAACUUAUGUGAGCAACUGCACUGUUCGUUUAUGUGAGCAAUUGCAACAUAAGCUGAUGUGAGCGAGCAACUUCAACAUUCGCUUAUGUGAGUGAUUGAAACUUUAACUUAUGUGAGCGACUCUAAGCCUUGACUGAAUUCAGAGCUGUUUUAUGUUUCAAUGAGCUUUUGAAAAUUGAUGUGAUAAAUUUGCUGUUGUUUAUCCACAAUAAAUGAAAUCAUGACCAUAAUAUUGUUAUCAAAAUUUGUAUGUUGAUGUAGAAUGUGUAAUGCGUUAUUGUUAUAUACAUGUGCAUCAAUAUUGUUUAUUUAUUUUUGGCUCAUUUGCCGUUAUAUAUUAAUGCAAACCACAUUACUGACUUGUUACAAUAAAAUGUGACAAUUUCA